UUUGCAUUCAAACACGGCAAUGUCCUCUCGGCCCAGCUUGCGAACCAGGACCGGCUGCCUCCAAUGUCGGAGGCGUCGCAAGAAAUGCGACGAGACGCGGCCGCGUUGCACCGGAUGUACUCGCAACGUGCUGGACUGCGAGUGGCCAACUCAGGAUAACCAGGCCCCAGAUGGCCGCUCUCGGCGAUGGGCUCGUACUCAGGUCAGAGUGCCUGCAUUAGCAUCCUCAGGGCUGUCUUUGGUACCACUCUCGCCACCGAUGGUGAUGCCAGCGCCGUUUGACUCAUACGAAAACGCGUACCUAUACCGAUACUUUGCGUCCACGAUCUUACCUCGUCUGUUUCGGCAGAGCUCACUGGACCAAACACACAUGCUGCGCCUGGCGCCACACUUCUCUCCGCUAUUCGGGGCAAUGGUCGCCGUGGCUGGGAUGCAGCUACCGGGUACAGCGCGGUGGCCUAUCCAUUUUGCCUUGCGGGGCUAUCUACAUACCAUUCACUCUAUCCAAACGUCCCUAACGGAUAUCACCAAAGCCGGCUGUGAUGAUUGCGUCCUAGCAACUGUGAUCCUGCUCUCAGUCUUCGAGUCCUGCCGAUCAGACGCGAUAUCCUCUAUCGCCCCUCAUGUCACGGCUGCAGGACUCCUGCUUACCCAACGCAGGCCCAGGGAUUUCCGCACCAAGGCUGCAGCCACGUUUGAUCGCAUCUGCGUCGAGUCGUUUCUGUACCAUGCGUCUCUCAUGAUGCUCUUUGAUCCCUCGCUUGACGCGCUUACGGGGGUUCGAAACGAGCUCGGGCUCCCGCUGUAUUUUGAUAGGCUCACCAACCCGGCAAACCAACCAAGGGAAGCCAUUCUGCAGACGUCCUACAAAUUCUUCUUGCUCAUUGCCGAUGUCACCAAGCUAUCUCGGCUCUCUAGGCCGCUCAACAGCCGCGAGGUCACAAAGUGGUGGGGCCUAGACGCUGAACUAUCGCGCUGGAUCGGUCUCAUUAGCUCUGCCGACAUAUCCCUUGGGCUAUGUUACCUCGCAAUCCAAAUCCUGCUCCAGAAAGUGAACCCGGACAUCACACAUCUGGAGCGAACCCAGCGAGUGCGCUCCUUUGUAGAGGAGGCUGUGUGGCGAGUUCCCCUCUUGAACAUCGAGUCUCACCCGCCGGAGUAUCUGUUAUGGCCGGUGGCCAUUCUCGGCGCCGUUACCGUAAGGUUGGAGGAGAGAAAGGUUCUGCAAGAUUUCAUUGCCUCCGUUGUUGCCAGGAAGCUGGGGGGGCAGGGGGCUUGGGUGCAAAAGAGGUUGGAUCGGAUUUGGAGGACCGUCAGUCCUGAAUCUAUGACUUCGGAACCGAAUCUUGUCGGACUGCAGGCUCUGCUCGAUGGGGUGUGACUCCUGAUUCCCAAUAGGCGAUAGUGAUAACGUAACUAGUAAAUGAGCUGCCAUCUUCGGUUUUCCAUAUUAAACAGCAUAUUUUUAAGC